UCCGGCUCCGCGAGCAUCAUAACACAGAGUCAAUUUACUGAUGUGAGUCGAGCUAAUGCGCGCCAUCGAACGCGGUGAUAUCUCCAACUUCCGACCGCGCAACGGAUUGCGGAUCGCGGCUCAGAUAACACUCACCGAACUAAAGACACUUGUGACCGGGGGCUCGCCCGAUACUCGGGCAGAUAUUUCUGUUGUUCCGCUUGUUUCAAACUUUUGUUUCUAGACUGAUCAGCAGCGCCUCGUCUUGGAGUUGCAUUGUGGGCAGUUGCAGGUGUCCCGUUGGCACUUCGUUUAGUGUUUUAAGAUUUUGUUUAGUUUUUACGUGGUUCAUGCACACAAAUGUUAGCGGUGGGGCAAAUGGAUGCUAACAGGCAGAGUGCUUUCGUGUUGAGUAGCACGCCACUGGCUGCGCUUCACAACAUGACCGAGAUGAAGAGCUCGCUGUUCCCCUACACGCUGCAGAAUCCCGCGGGCUUCAAGGCUCCUUCAUUCACCAACCUCAGCUCACAGCUGCCGCUGGGCACACCGCACGGAAUUAGCGAUAUACUGGGACGGCCCAUCACCACGGCGGGACAACUGCUCUCCAGCUUUCCGCGGAUAAACGGCUUGGCCACCACCGCCGGGAUGUACUUUAACCCCGCUGCCGUAUCGCGCUACCCGAAGCCGCUGGCGGAGCUCCCGGGCAGAGCGCCUAUCUUCUGGCCCGGAAUGGUGCAGAGUUCCCCGUGGAGGGAGCCGCGAAUGCCCUGUCAGGCACAAGCAAAUAUAAUGUUGGACAAAGACGGGAAGAAGAAACACUCCAGGCCAACUUUUUCAGGACAGCAGAUUUUUGCGCUGGAAAAAACCUUCGAACAGACCAAAUACCUGGCCGGGCCGGAAAGAGCACGCCUGGCCUACUCACUGGGAAUGACCGAGAGUCAGGUCAAGGUCUGGUUUCAGAACCGGAGAACCAAGUGGCGUAAGAAGCACGCAGCGGAAAUGGCCACCGCCAAAAAGAAACACGACUCGGAAACGGAGAAGAUGAAGGAAAGCUCGGACAACGAGGACGACGACGAGUACAACAAGCCGCUGGACCCCAACUCAGACGACGAAAAAAUUACGAGACUGCUGAAAAAGCACAAGUCUGCCAGCCUGUCGCUCAUGAGCCCGAGCAGCAGCAGCUCGGACACGUUGUGAUGCUGAGCACAGACUGUUUCUCCAAAAGCUGAGGAACGUUCACAAACUUAAAGCAGGGUACACAGGGGGGCUCAGAGCCUCCCACUGCUGCCGCAAGAGGAACUCAGAUGUAUAUAUUUUCUACCGAGUAAAUUAUGUUAUGAAGCCGCCCAAAAGGACAUGGCCAAUGUGCACUCAUCUCCUGUGGCAGAAACCUCAUUUCUCUUCCUGUCGCCGAAUAACCAAGUCUAUCACUACUUCUUCUCCGACUUGGAGAAGUCUUACUCCGAGUACAAGUCCACCGGCUGUAAAUGUUCAUGUAAAUAGGAUUUGUUCUAACAGUUUUAACCGUAUCCUCUCCGGCCGGCUCUUUUCAUUUAAAAAGGACUCUAAGUUUUAGGGCUACCUCUGUAAAAACAGAUCCAGAUGGACUGGAGGGUUAAAUGCUGAAUUAAGAGAAUAUUAUUGCUUCCGUGCUGAAGUAAGAAAACCUUUGUAUUAUCAAUAAAUUAUUUAACAAGCUUAUGUUUUAAA